AGUUUCACAAUAGACGUUUAUACACCAUUCGAUAGAGAAUUUCAAGAGCUACAUUUUGCACUAUUUGUAUUUCAAGAUAGAUAAAAUCGACUUUUUGGCCUAAUGUCCGCUUAGUUGCCCACUGUGGGGAGUCAGGUGGGACUUUCAAGGGAUUUCUCAGGACUCCCGUGAGACUUUGAGGAUUCUUAGGACUUUCGUUGGACUCCUACAGGGCUCGCAAGUUCCACAGGAGUCCUGAGAAAUCCCUUGAAAGUCCCAACGGACUCCUGCAGGAUUCCGCAGGACCUCGUGACAAGAGUCCGGUGGAAGUUUUGCCGGGAGUCUCGACUAGGGCUACUACAUCUACAAAAAUGCACAAUUUUUAUUCGUUUAUCAACAAAUUUUGACAUAUUCGUAACUUAAAACAAAAAGCUUAUUCAAAGUCUUCGUAAAUAUUCUAAGCUUGUAUUGAUUACUAGUGCUAUUUUUAGUUACAGAAACUACUACAACCAGUGUGUCUACCACAACAACUACUACAACAACCACAUCUUCGACUACCACAACUUCGACAAGCACAACAACUACAAGUAAAUUUUGUAUCUUUACGUUCAAGAGUUCGUCUUAGUACUGUUAGAAAUUGA